GCCCCGCUGGAGGCUGGCUGGGUGCCUGCCCUGCAGGGAAGGACGCCACCAGAGCGUUUGUGACCGGGGACUUCAGCCCGACGGGCCUGGUGGAUGACGUCUCUGAGCUGUCGCCGCUGGAGAUGCUCACCCUCCAGAGCUGGCUCUCCUUCUACAGCAGCAACUACGUUUUUGUGGGGAAGCUGGUGGGCAGAUUCUAUGAUGAAAAUGGAGCACCGACAGAAGCCUUAAGGCAGGCUGAGGCUGCUAUUGAGGAAGGCCUGAAGUUCAAGGCAGAAAGCGACCAGAGGAAGCAGCAGUUCCCACCGUGUAACUCCGAAUGGAGCUCUGCUGGGGGCAGCCGAUUCUGGUGCUCCAAACAGAGUGGAGGCGUAAACAGAGACUGGAUUGGAGUCCCCCGGAAACUGUACAUUCCUGGUUCAAGGGGGAGCCACUGCGUGUGUGUGAGACCUACUGGUCCCCCGUCUGGACAGCUGGACUCACCUGAGCACCGUGACAGAGGCGAUCUGGAUAACCCUCACCUGGAGGAAUACAAAGGCUGCCAUCCGCUGGCCGAGUGGUGUGUCCUGAAAACAUGACUCUGAGCGCUGGAUAUGUGUGCCUAGUCCUACAGCGAACUGUUGCACUUUGGGUGGACAAUUGCAGCUCCUGCUGCGUUCCCUUCCAUCUGUCAGUGCAAAGGGAGAGAGCAAUUUCAAGUCCUUUGUACCUGUUUUCUAAUAUAUGACAAUGGAGCUGAGAGAAAGAGGGAAUAUUUUUAGCCAAGUGAUGCAGUUAGCGGCUAAAAAAAAUCAGCAAUGGGAAACUUUUUUUCUUAGCGCUCUAUCCCUAUGGUAUUUUUACAUCUGGCAACAAAUUGUAGGAUAUGUAGCCUGAACGAGAUUUAAAAAUUGAUUUCUUUUGCAGUCAGGAAAUAGAUGCCUGUGUGCAUAGUGGUGGGCGUAACGUGUUGUAUUUUCAGGAACUGAGUUGGUGAGCGCAAGAACUGCUGCAGCAUCACUGACUUUGGUUUAUGCACAGUCCUCCACUGUCACUCAAACGCUGCUUACUACAUGGUAGUGCUAAUGCUCCUUCCUAAUCACCUGCUUUGCUCCAAAGAGUUUAAAGGUAGCAGGGGAGAAGCCUGAAUUUCUCCUGCAACGAAGGUUCAGAGUAGCUAGGAUCUCGUGUAGUUUAGUUAUACAAAAGCUUGGCUUAUCGGAUUCUCAGAAUACAGAAGGCAAAGGUCAGAGCUGCGUUUCCUCAUCUGGUAUUUGUAUUAGAUGGUGAGCAAAGAAGAUAAUCAGAAGGUAUCUAUGCAGAUUGUUGUUGUAAACUAACCUCACCCUCCUGGUCCUCUGAUUUACUACUUUCAAAUGACUCAGAGGUCAGAAUUGAUGGUUUGAAUUAGACAGUAAGGAAAGCUAUGUAACAACAUGACUAUCCCACUGUAAUCGCCCUCUUUCCAGUCUGGUUUAUGACAUCUCCCCACCCUAUACAUGUCCCUCAGACCAUAACCUGAGGCUGAUGUAUCCCCAGCUCACUUAAAGGCUGUAUGUAUUUUAUCACAGCUGGCAAAAUCCAGUACCUUAAAUGACUCCUGCAAGAGCAAGGCAAGUUACUACCAUUUCUGUGCAGGACUAAAAAGGACAAGGGAAUACCAGAGUAGGGCCCGGGUACUGUAAACCCAGGCUGCAACCGGGCUUCUACUGCUUUUCUACAGUCUGCUACUAAACUAGAUUACAUGUAGGCCAGCAACGGCCCAGUUCUGUGCUGAGCUGCGUUCAGUUCCUUUUCUUAAACCACCGCCACCUAUUUAUAAAUAACUGGGAGAUAUUUAUAAAGCCAUUAUGAGUUUGAGCUAUUUCUACCUCUCCUCCCUUGAAAAAAUACCCACAAAUCUAAGCAUUUAGUUAAUAAGCUAGUGAGAUUACAAAAGGCCUGACAACAUCGCUUCAGAGUGAAAAACAAUCAUUUAUUGCAGUGACAAAUGUGUUUAGAAAGAUGAGGCUACAACGGCCUUGGUCCAGGGCCAUGCAGCAGUUUAAACGUGUAUGUGCUUAAUGGAAUUUUUUUUUUUUAAACUUGGUUCUGCAGUUUCUUUUUUAUCAUCAUCUCUAAGUUGUACUAUGGAGAAGUCCUCUAAGGCAGUUACAAGCACGUGUGCCAGGUCUCGCCUGCCAUGACUGGAAGCUGUACAAGUAGAUUUUUACCGCAAAUUCCAGAUUAUCAAAUACAAAAAGAAUAAUUUGUAACUGUAGAACACUUGGAUUUCUAGUGAAGCUUGGUAUUAGCUGCAUAGCUUCUAAGCAAGUUUCAUCUUGCUGUAUGCUAAAGAAC